AUGACAUCUGAGCCUUACGUCGAUACCUUCCGGCUUUCGUCUCGUAUCACGUUGCCACAUCAACGCAACCACUUCCACCAUGAAGAGUGCUCAAGCCCAAGCAACCGAAGCGGCACAAGCAGCUCUGUUUACUUUCGCCUCCGAAGUAUCGGCCAGCAUGCCCGCCGCCGCGAGCCCCAUGCUCUCUCUCCUUUUCCAUGCAGAUAUAUCCGUUCUCAUAUCCGCCGUCGAGGGGACCACUUUUCACUCCAGCCUUCACCAAGGAGAGGGCCUAUCCGAUACUAUCGCUGCUCUGGCUGA